GCAGCGCUCCCCGUGCUAAAGCGUAUAGCAGAAGCGGCUGAGAUAAAGAAGAAGGAUCGCCAGUGUUCUUCUUCGGCGUCGGCUCUCACGGAAUGAGCCCGACAAGGACGGCGAGAAAGGCGGCCUGAGGUGGCGGAGCGAAGCGGCAUGACGGGCUGUCAGUCAGUAGUGACACUCGCCACCUGGCAUGGAGCGCCCGACCCCUCCGAUGUGACCUACCAUUGUCUGCCGCACACCUGGAGCGGAUAGCCGCGUCGCAUUCCCAGCUAAAAGCGCUCCGUCGCGUUCGUGGAGACAAUGGCUGCGUGCGCUCUCGGCGCUUGGCCGUUUUUGGUGUAGCACCAGAGGCAGGCAGGCGGCCGGCCGGGCGGCGUUCGGGCUUCCAGUUGUUCGCACGGCUGAAGAAUGCACCUUUUGGACGCCGACUACCCCGACAGGAUGCACAGGGGCACCCCGCAAAGAAAGACGGUCUACCGGAUCUCUUUAACUUUGGUGAAGAAGGAGAAUGUGCCGGAGGGAGCGGCGCCCACCCGCCUGGAGACCCCCGCCGCCGCGGACUACCAGCGCAGCUGCCUGCUGGAGGAGCUGCAGGAGGAGGACGAGGAGGAAGCGGAGCACCUCUCGGCGCAGAACUACUUGAGGAACUUCAGGACCUUCAGCACGGGCCACCUGGAGUUGGGCAGGCUGAAGAUCUCCAGGAAGACGCACGCCUUCCCCAAGGACGUCUCGUUUAAGCUGAGGGGCUCGAGCAGCGCCCAUGCAGCCUUGGAGGAGGGCGCAGAGCCGCGGUCCGCUGUCGUGUCCGGCGCUGACCAGGCCAGAGCGGAGAAGAAGAAGGAGGAGGACCACCAGCGGCCACUCGACAGCCGGGACGGAGAGGAUCGCGAGGGACACGCGGGCGCCCGGCCGGCCUCCACGCCGAACCCGCCGCCGCCGCCCCCCUCGGAUAAGCGGCAUCCCGGCUUGCUGCGCCGCAGCUUCAGCUUCAGGCACUGGAGCGGCGGGGAGCUCCUGCGGAUCAGGGCCCUCACGCGGGACAAGCACCACAGCAGCUCCGGCAGCCUCGGCCACAAGGAACGUGACGCGCUGGUCCUGCACAACCCCUCACUCGACGAGAAGAGGAACACCGUGGACGUGGGAGAGGUCCUCGGCAAGACGGACUCGCUGACCGACCUGGACCGCUGGGAGAGGGCGAAGGGCAAAAACAGGACGCUGGACAACAGCGACCUGCAGCAGCUGUCGGAGAAGAGCCUGGACGAGAAGGAGGGCUUCAUCCGCGGCGGGGGGGUCCGCUCGAGCGGCCAGGAGCGCCGGCUCAUGCGCUUCUUCAGCGGCGUGUUCUCCAAGAGGGACGGCGGCUCGACGCCCACGGGCAGCCCCGGUGGAGGGAAAUCCCUGAGGGACUCGCGAGCCAAGGGGCUGCUGGGCUCUUACCGGAGGGCGGGCGGCGACAACGUCAACGGCUCCCCGUGGAAAGAUGCCUUCGUGAACAGCCAGGAGUGGACGCUGAGCCGCUCGGUGCCCGAGCUCAAAGUGGGCAUUGUGGGUAACCUGGCCAGUGGUAAGUCUGCCCUGGUGCAUCGAUACCUGACUGGCACCUACGUGCAAGAAGAGUCUCCAGAAGGUGGCCGCUUCAAGAAGGAGAUCGUGGUGGACGGCCAGAGCUACCUGCUGCUGAUCAGAGAUGAAGGGGGCCCUCCGGAGGCACAGUUUGCCCUGUGGGUGGACGCCGUCAUCUUCGUCUUCAGCCUGGAGGACGAGAACAGCUUCCUGACCGUCUACAACUACUACAGCCGCCUGGCCAACUACCGCAACACGGCCGAGAUCCCGAUGCUGCUGGUGGGCACGCAGGAUGCCAUCAGCUCCACCAACCCUCGGGUGAUCGAUGAUGCCAAAGCCCGGAAGCUGUCCAACGAUCUCAAACGAUGCACCUAUUAUGAGACAUGUGCCACCUAUGGGCUCAACGUGGAGCGGGUCUUCCAGGACGUGGCCCAGAAGAUCGUGGCAACCCGGAAGAAGCAGCAGCUGUCAAUCGGACCCUGCAAGUCGCUGCCCAACUCGCCCAGCCACUCAUCGGUGUGCUCCGCGCCAGCCUCUGCAGUGCACAUCAGCCAGACGAGCAACGGUGGUGGCAGUCUGAGUGACUACUCGUCCUCGGUGCCCUCAACGCCCAGCACCAGCCAGAAGGAGCUCCGCAUCGAUGUCCCGCCCUCGACCAACACGCCCACUCCUGUCCGCAAGCAGUCCAAGCGGCGCUCCAACCUCUUCACGUCCCGGAAAGGCAGCGACCCCGACAAGGAGAAGAAAGGCCUGGAGAGCCGAGCCGACAGCAUCGGAAGCGGCCGCGCGAUCCCAAUUAAGCAGGGUAUGCUCCUGAAGAGAAGUGGCAAGUCACUCAACAAGGAGUGGAAGAAGAAGUACGUCACCCUGUGUGACAACGGCGUCCUCACCUACCACCCCAGCCUUCACGAUUACAUGCAGAACGUUCACGGCAAGGAGAUCGACCUGCUGAGGACGACGGUGAAAGUGCCAGGGAAGCGGCCGCCACGAGCCUUCUCAGCCUGUGCCCCGGCGUCCAGUCCCAAGACCAACGGGCUGACCAAAGACGUGAGCAGCCUGCAGAUCUCCCAGAACACAGGCGCAGUGCCAGCCAGCGCUUCACUCUCUCCGAUGGCCAGUGGGAUCAGUCUUGUAUCCUUCAACAGCCGGCCAGACGGGAUGCACCAGCGGUCUUAUUCCGUGUCCAGUGCUGACCAGUGGAGUGAGGCCACAGUCAUCGCCAACUCUGGCAUAAGCAGCGAUACAGGCCUUGGCGACUCCGUGUGCUCCAGCCCCAGUAUUUCCAGCACUACCAGUCCUAAACUGGACCCCCCUCCAUCCCCACAUGCCAGCAGAAAGAAGCACCGCCGAAAGAAAAGCACCAGCAACUUCAAGGCGGAUGGCAUAUCAAGUACCGCUGAAGCCAAGCGUAAAGCGUGGAAACUAAAUCGUGUUGGUAGCCUGCGCAACAUUUACAACACGAGCAGCGCCAACGCUGAAGAACAAGAGGAGAACUUUGAGUUCAUUAUCGUUUCUCUCACUGGACAGACGUGGCACUUUGAAGCGACGACGUAUGAGGAGAGGGAUGCCUGGGUGCAGGCCAUCGAGAGUCAGAUUCUAGCGAGCCUGCAGUCCUGCGAGAGCAGCAAGAAUAAGUCUCGUCUAACAAGCCAAACGGAGGCCAUUGCUUUGCAGUCAAUCAGAAAUCAACGAGGAAACUCCCACUGUGUUGACUGUGAGGCUCAAAAUCCAGACUGGGCCAGCUUGAACCUCGGAGCCCUCAUCUGCAUCGAGUGCUCGGGCAUCCACCGAAACUUAGGCACACACCUGUCAAGAGUGCGAUCGCUGGACCUGGACGAGUGGCCUCUGGAGCUCAUUAAAGUCCUGUCGGCCAUAGGCAACGAGCUGGCAAACAGCGUGUGGGAGGGCAGUGCCCAGGGCCGAAUGAAACCAGCUCCUGACGCCACCAGGGAAGAAAGGGAGCGCUGGAUCAGGGCCAAGUAUGAGCAGAAGCUCUUCUUGGCGCCGCUGCCCUGCGUGGACGUCCCCUUGGGACAGCAGCUUCUGCGUGGCACUGCCGAGGAGGAUCUGCGCGCCGUCGUCCUGCUUCUGGCUCAUGGUACCCGAGAGGAGGUCAAUGAAACCUGCGGCGAGGGAGACGGCAGGACGGCGCUGCACCUCGCCUGUCGGAAGGGGAACGUGGUCAUGGCACAGCUGCUGAUAUGGUAUGGCGUAGACGUCAUGGCCCGGGACGUUCAUGGGAACACAGCCCUGGCAUACGCCCGGCAGGCGGUCAGCCAGGAGUGCAUCGACACGCUGCUGCAGUACGGCUGUCCGGACGAGCGUUUUGCACUCAUGGCGACGCCCAACCUGUCGCGCAAGAACAACAACAACCGCAACAACAGCUGUUCUGGAGGCGGGAGGAUGCCCACCAAUAUAUGAGGGUGCAGAGUCGCCCCGUGGACAUGCACAAACUCGGCUGCUAUGGCACUCUUCUGGGUCCGAUGUCAUCCUGUGCACACCUACUAGACAUGCUUCAUUCACGUGAGCGAGCGGAAAGCCAGAGGUGCAGACGGCCAGGAAUUCUGGGAAGGAGACUUUUCUUCACUGGCGCCCGAGGGGGGCACCGUUAGGCCAGUAUUCCUUACUUUUUGCCUUGUAUGUCAAGUGAAGAGCCCGAGAAGAGGGACGUCCAGGAGAAGGGCACGGGCAGACUUCGAGGGCGCCGUCCACCUGCCGCGUCUGGCCUUUCCCGAUGGGCGGCGCCAUUUUGAUUUUGGCGGGACGCUCCGCUGGGGUGGGGGGGGUUUUUGCAGGUGGACGGGCGUCACGGGUAGGCCCGAACGAGGAGGGACUCCAGGGGCCCCAUCUGAGCUCCUGGCUGGCACGGCGCCUCUCUCUCCUUUUGGGUUUGCUUUUGUAUUUUUUUCCUGACGUUGACGUGUUGUGACUCUUUGGUUAAACGAACCUCUUGAUGUGUUUUGUGUCGUCGAAAUGAUGCCAACGUCAGGCGAAUCUCGAUAUUUAAAACGAGCGCGGCCGACUUCUUCUUUCUUCAGUAAAGGUGUUCCCAGCAUGUCUUUUAUUUAUUUAUUUUUAUUUGGGGUGAGACGAUGCGCCCCCCCGGGGGGAGGUGGGGGGGGGGACGGACUCGCACGCUUGCUCAGCCAGGGUUAACGGGACAGAGAGGUGUCACCAGCAGAGGGUCCUGUCCCUCGGGCACCAGUGCCCAGGCCCACGUCAGGUGGUCCGGGUCGACGAUGGCAUUCCGUAGCUAAAAGACGCCCAAGUGUGGGCACACGGGGGGUCUCGUUACUGUCGUCGGUGGCCGUGAGGGGGCUGCCAUUCGUAUCCGCGUCCUUCCUUAACUGGAAAAGGACAGAAAACAAAACAGAGUUGGGUGGGGCAGAGCGGGGGUCCGUUUGAUGUCAAUUCCAACAAAAGUGCAACAUCUGUUGGAAGAGGCGACGCGACUUACUGGGGGUCUCGGUGUUACCCGGGACAGGGAGGGUCCCUCCAAAACCGCUGCGGUUUGGGUCCCUUGCCAGUCUCUUCACACUCGCCUUGGCUCACGUGGCGAAUGCGGGAGGUCGACGGAGCGGCUCACAAAUGAUCCUGAGACCCACCGUGUGACCCCUCAUCCACCCCCCCCCCCCCGUACAACACUGUGGCACCGCCAUUGAACGAAUGCAGCCCAGUGUGCCCAGAUGCCCUUCCCACUCCACUCGAAACACGGGGCACCGCGGCAUUUCCGCAUGCAGAUGGCUUUCUGGCAAAGCAUCGAGUGCGGGGCAGGAAAGGAAAAGACCACCCGUGACGGGCCGUGCGGACCCCCUGACUCCAUGGCUCGUUUUCAUUUGCAUGUACAUAAGUGUAAAGACGCAGCGUUGAUGAUGAUGAUGAUGAUGAUGUCCGUCUUAUUACCUCCUUUGUUGUCAGCGCCUCGACGCCGCGCCCUUCCUCUUUGUGUUGUGUCUCCUGUACAGCAGCUGCCAUGCUGAAGAUGGCGAGGGACUGAAGUGGCACACUCGUGUCUUUACAAUAAAGAAAGCCAAGCUUCUUGAUACAAAA